GAAGCCCAAAAUCCCGUUUGGGCUCUGGGCCACCGACCAGACCCUCACGCCGGCCACGUCUCUAACACAGUCAUCCCUUUCUCCUACCUUCGGCUCCUCUCCGCUGCCGCUUACAGAUUGCAGCCGAAUGGCGCCGGCGACGCGGCCAUCCAACGCCACACUUCUGGCGCGACUCGGGGAUGGAACGGCCAGGUUCGAGCUCCUUGAAGACCCCGCGCCUGCUCCCGCGUCACCUAUCUGGCCCCAGCUCCACUGCUUCGCCAGGAUUGGCCCCUCCCUGAGGGGCGGGUGGUCAGCGGCGCUGAACAAGGUGGAGCAUUACGGGGUCCAGAGAGUCACGGGCGACGGCCGGUGCAUGUUUCGGGCGUUGGCUAAAGGAAUGGCAAAGACCAGGGGGAUUCCACUGACCCCAAGGGAUGAGGUCCAAGAUGCAGAUGAUUUACGGCUGGCAGUGAAAGAAGUUAUAUGCGACAACCAAACUGAGCGUCAAAAGUAUGAAGAGGCAAUUAUAGCCAUUACAGUGGAUGAGUCAUUGAAACGGUACUGCCAAAGGAUCAGACGGCCUGAUUUCUGGGGUGGAGAGUCAGAACUCUUGGUUUUGUCUAGACUGUGUCGGCAACCAAUUAUUAUCUACAUUCCGGAGCGUGAGUACCGUGGACGGGGUAAUGGUUUUAUUCCCAUUGCUGAAUACGGAUUGGAGUUCACCAAAGACUCGAAAGCGGGGAAGAAAAGGGUGCCAGUGAGACUACUAUACAGUGGGACGAACCAUUACGAUCUGCUGAUAUAAAAAAGAAUGGAUACAUAACAUAUGUCCACUGGCUCAAGUAUCAGAAUACCAGCAGCAGUCACUACCAUCUGCGCCACAUGUAUAAAUUCAUGUUUUUCUUCCCAUGUUGCAUUUCUUUGAUCA